UCCCAUGCUACGAUGAGCCUCAGCUGAAGGCGAAAUUCAAGCUGCGAAUCUACCACAAACCGGAAUAUCGCGCACUGUCCAACAUGCCCGUUGAGAACCGCAUCGAAUCCGCUAAUGCCGAUAACAUGACCGUAACCGAGUUUAUUGAGUCGCCUCCGAUGUCCAGCUAUCUGUUGGCGUUUGUGGUGUCGGAUUUCGGCGAGAUACGGACGGACGCUAAAUUCGCGGCGCACGCACAGCUGAGCGUUAUCAAUUCGACGCGCUAUGCGCUGGAUUUCACCAAAGAUGCGAUUGGGCACUUGGAGGGCUUCUUCAAAAGGCCGUAUCAAUUGGCCAAACUGGACAUUGUGGCGAUAGACGACUUUCUGAUGGGAGCCAUGGAGAAUUGGGGACUGAUUACGUACAAGACCUCUCGGAUCGUCUACCGCCAGGGUAUGGACAAAACGGAAAAGCUACAGUCUGUUACGAAGAUCGUGUUCCACGAAUUGAUCCAUCAGUGGUUUGGGAAUGAGGCCACCAGUGCUUGGUGGUCCUACAUCUGGUUGAACGAAGGCUUUACCGUAUUUCUGGAAAGUUACGUUCUGGAUCAGAUGCGUCCCCAGUGGCGUACGAUGGACCAGUUUCUGGUGAAUGAAGUACAUCCGGUAAUGGAGCGGGACGUUCUUCCAAAGACCCGUCCGAUGACGAAGCCGAUCGAUAGUCCGGAAAAGAUAGCGGGGAUCUAUGAUUUUGUGGUGUAUCCGAAAGCUGCUUCCGUUAUCAGGAUGUGGCAGUCUGUUGUUGGGAAAAAGGUAUUUGAUGACUUUCUGGUGGAAUAUCUGAUAGAUCGUAGCUACAAAGCAGCGACCGAGGAGGAUAUGAUUCGCGUAUUACAGGACGUUGUCGAUCGGCAUGGUGUGAAGGUUCCACCUGUGAAGGAUUUAGUGCAGAGUUGGACGAUGAAUCCUUCUUUUCCGGUUGUUACAGUCGAGAGGUUUCCCAACGGAAGUGUCAGUGCCACCGCAGCACCUACGAAGACAUUCUGCAUCCCGUUGAAUUGGAUGUCCAGGUCCAGCAAGUCCGGUCUCGAGUGGAUCACUAACUUGGAAGGUCAAAAAUCGAUCAAACUGGAUGGUGUCGGCGCAGAUGAAUGGGUUCUUUUCAAUCCGAAUCAGUACGGGUACUAUCGGGUCAAUUACGAUCAGAGAAGCUGGAAUCUGAUCAUCGAUGCUUUUAAGAACGAUCAUCAAAAAAUACCAACCCUGAGCCGUGCUCAACUGAUUGAUGACAGUCUAGCACUCGCCAGGCAAGAUCAACUGAAUAUCAAUGUUCUUCUAGCGAUCUUGGACUAUCUGCCGAAAGAGUUGGACCUCAUUCCGCUGAAAGCGGGAUUCAAAGCUUUCCGCUACCUCCAUCGGAUGCUCCAAGGUAACGAGUUUUACCCAAUGUACCUCGAACAUCAAAUGAUCAUACUCAAUCAGAUCUAUGAUCGAAUGCUAAACAACUCUAUGGACGACCACAUGUCGCGUUUGUAUCGCGCCGAGGUUCGAAAAGUCGCCUGCGAACUGGGCGUUCGGAAAUGUUUGGAACACUCGCUCGAACAGUUUGAUGCAUUCGUAACGAUCGAUCCCGAUCUUCGUGCUCCGGUGAUCUGCGGUGCGAUGAAAGGCAGCGAAAGCUUCAACGUGUGGGCUUUGGUUGUGCGACGGAUGCUACAUAUAACCAGAAACUUCGAACAGAAACGGAUCAACAUUGAGGAGUUUGAGGACAUAUUGUAUGGGUUUGGGUGCGUAGUUAGCGAAGAUCGGCUGGAGAACUAUUUGAUGAUGUCGUUGACCUAUGCGGACACGCUCGACGAAUCGGACCGGAUAAAAAUGUUUAACUAUAUUGCCAACAGUGGAGUCAAUGGUACAGAUAUGGCACUUUUCCGGCUGAAUAACGAUUUCCGGACUCUUAAAAGAAGGUACGGAUCAGUAACGGAGAUAAUAAGUAACUUGAAAAACACCAUAACUACAGAGGGGCAGCUCCAGCAGUUUACCAACUUCAUGCAAAAUAAUACAGAUACGGAUUUGAAUCUACUGCUGGCGGAAGUGUUUACCGAAGCUCAAAGCAACGUGCGAUGGGCGAAGGAGAAGUUACCGGAUAUUUCCAAAUGGAUUGCUACCCAUAGUUCUGCAUUUAUUUUCUCAGUUUCGAAGACAGUAUUGGCCUUAGCAUUGGUAGUGGCCGCUUAUCGCUGGCAAUAAAGUUGUUUGUAGUUUUAAAUCUA